AUCCGCUGCGCAGGAUCCGCCGCGCCGGCUGCGGCCGGCCGGGCUGGGAGACCCGCGAAGGUGAGGGGACCCGGCGGGCAGCUCCGCACGGACCGGGAAAUGAACGCUUGGGAAUCUGUCUGCGAGCGGACCCAUGAUCCAAGGACCAAAAGAGCCGCGUGAUCGCCCGACCUGGCCCUGCGACCCGAGACAUGGGCCAGACCUCUGUCUCCACGCUGUCCCCGCAGCCCAGCAGCGUUGACGGACUGGACAAAGCUUCUAUAGCAAACUCAGAUGGCCCAACAGCAGGCUCCCAAACACCUCCCUUCAAGAGAAAGGGGAAACUCUCCACCAUUGGUAAAAUCUUUAAGCCUUGGAAAUGGAGGAAAAAGAAGACCAGUGACAAAUUUAGAGAAACAUCAGCAGUAUUAGAAAGGAAGAUUUCUACAAGACAAAGUAGAGAGGAGCUGAUAAGAAGGGGAGUUCUUAAGGAAUUGCCUGAUCAAGAUGGAGAUGUAACAGUUAACUUUGAAAAUUCAAACGGGCACAUGAUACCCAUCGGAGAGGAAUCUACCCGAGAGGAAAAUGUAGUAAAAUCUGAAGAAGGUAAUGGCUCUGUAGCUGAAAAAGCACCACCUCUGGAGGAAAAGGCAGAAGAUAAGAAAGAGAACCCUGAAAACCACUCUGAAACACCGGCAGCUCCUACUCUACCUCUUCCAGCUCUUCCUAAACCUACAUCCAAACCUAAGCCCAAAAAAACACCUGUGCCUCCAAAAGGGGCCGCUGCCGGCCCCAAGGGUGACGAAGUGCCUCCUAUUAAAACAAUUACCAAGGCUCCUGGUAAGCAGGCCCCUGUCCCUCCACCCAAGCCAACAAGCCGAAAUGCAACCCGAGAGGCUGCUGGUUCCUCUCAUUCAAGAAGAACAACUGGCUCCAAAGCAACAGCUUCACCGUCUACUUCCUCCACCUCAUCUCGUCCUAAAGCUUCAAAGGAGACAGUUUCUAGCAAAACAGGGAUGGUAGGAAUCACAAAGGGCAAGAAAAAAACUGGCAAGCAGCCAACGUCUCAGCCAUCCUCAGAUGCAACCACUUCUGGCAUAUCUGACCUUAAAGGAGAGCCUUCGGAGACCAGCGUGGUGAGUCUCAAACCCGAGCAGACUGCCCCUGGCACCGAGGAGCAGACCACAGGCAGACCCAAGUCCGCAGUCCCUCUGCCCGCUGUGGCUCCAGCACCUAUUCCCCCCACCCCUUCUCCCCCUCUGGAGGAGCAGAGCAUUGUUGCCUCAGACACUCCUGUCGUCCUGGUCAGCAACGGAGCCGACCUGCCGGUCCCUGCCUUAGACCCAAGUCAGCUUCUCUGGACUGAAGAGGCGACAAACAGCACCACUGUCCACUCAGGCACUGGCUUAAGCAUUAGCAGAGAAAAUGCAAAAUGUUUCACAACCAAAGACGAGCUGGGGAAGGCAGCGCCUCAGCUCCUGACUCCUGGGCUAAUGGGAGAGUCUUCAGAAUCCUUCAGUGCCUCAGAGGACGAAGGCCAAAGGGAAUACCAGGCCAAUGACUCUGACUCUGAUGGGCCUGUCUUGUACACCGAUGACGAGGACGAGGACGAAGACGAGGACGGCAGUGGAGAAAGUGCUUUGGCAAGUAAAAUACGGCGAAGGGAUACUCUUGCUAUCAAACUUGGCAACAGACCGUCUAAGAAGGAAUUAGAGGACAAAAACAUCUUGCAGCGUACCUCUGAAGAAGAGAGGCAGGAAAUCCGACAGCAAAUUGGAACUGAGCUUGUCAGGAGACUUAGCCAGAGGCCCACAACUGAAGAAUUAGAGCAAAGAAAUAUCCUGAAGCAAAAGAAUGAAGAGGAAGAGCAAGAAGCAAAAAUGGAGCUGAAACGCAGACUCAGCAGAAAGCUCAGCCUGAGACCCACAGUGGCAGAGCUGCAAGCUCGAAGGAUCCUGCGGUUUAAUGAGUACGUAGAAGUCACCGAUUCACCUGACUAUGAUCGCCGGGCAGACAAGCCCUGGGCCAGGUUAACACCUGCAGACAAGGCGGCAAUAAGGAAAGAACUAAAUGAAUUUAAAAGUACAGAAAUGGAAGUUCAUGAAGAGAGUCGACAGUUUACCAGGUUUCAUCGUCCAUAAUGAAGUGCGGGACUCUUUGGAAACAGACUGAUCAUCUUUGGGGGAAUCCUCGCUUCCUGAAAACCUGAUAUUGCACUGGGAUUUGAAUGUGUGUGUUUCCGCUUAACUUGUGGUGAAGGAAGCGUGUGGAACGUGCUCCCCACCUAUACAGCCCGGAUAGGCCAACAAGCAAAGGGAAGGGUGCAGCGACUCUGCUGUCCAGCAUGUGGAUUGAUGGUAAGAGAUACCAUGGUUACACCACUUCUUCAUCAGGAGUUCUAAUCAAAGAAGAUGAGCAGAAGACAAUCGCUGGUUCCCUGUUGCCAGAAAGCCACAUUUCAGAGUGCAAGUUAAAGAAGAAUGGGGAAUGGAAUUUCUGAGCACUGGAGAGGGGUGGGGGGUUGAAAAUCAGAAAGCAAGGGAAAUACUUCAUUAUGUUAAU